AUGGACGACGACGAACCGCCAUCUUCGUCUUCCGCAUCCUCGGAAUCUCCAGAAGUCAUUCUGAAGGCACCAACGUCAUCUGCGAGAAAACGAAAAACCAGCAGACGGGAUCGAAACCAGGAUAUGGGAGUGGAGGACGGGGAAAAAGAAAGCUCAUCACAAUACUGUAAAGGAUUCUUUGAUGCACUACGAGUCGUUCAAUCUACGAACAAAUUCGAAUUCAAUGGAGUCACUUCUCCCGUUCUCCCUAAUAAUCUAUCAACGGCCGCAUUCAGUCCGAUCACUCCAGCCACAGCAAGCGAUAUGCAUACGAUCGUGAUGUCAAUUUUGGGAACACCAAUCACUAGUGCAUCGUCAACAAUUCCACCACUUUCCUCACCAACAUCACUUUUGCCAUUGGUCACAAGUGGAGAUCUUCAAAUGGAUGAUCUGUCUAUGAAGCUUCUCGCUUCGUCUGCCAUUCCGGGUCCACCAAUCGUCUCAUCUUCCAACUCGCCAGACUCUUCCAGUGCCGUCAACACCACAACUACUCAAAUUACGGCUCUUCCUCCGCUUCUAAACAAUUUCGUUUCGUCCACUACUGCUUCCACAUCGCGUCCAGAUAAGCUCAAUUUGACUCCUCCACAAUCGGAAAUUUCAAUGUCCAUGGCCAAUUACAGUGAUGAUUCAGAUGGAGGAUUCGAUUCAAGAAGUGCAUCAAGGGCAGGUGGAUCCGGAGGGAUGUCUAUGGAUGACCAAGAGAAGAAGAAAUUGGAGAGAAAGCGUGCUCGUAACAGGCAAGCCGCUAGCAAAUGCCGUCAAAAGAAGAUGGAUCGAAUUAAAGAAUUAGAGGAUCAGGUUCUCCACGAGAAACACCGUGGCCAACGUCUGGAUGCAGAGCUCGUCGAGCUAAACAGAGCUCUCGCCAACUUCCGUCAAAUGGUGGAACGUCAUUCGAACACCGGAUGUCCAAAUAACUCGAUUCGUGCCUAA